AUGCCAGGUGCAUACGAAACUCUUCACGGCUCUUGUGCCUGCGGUCGCAACAGAUACGUCAUCCAGGUGCCCCUUGAGAAGGCCCAGCUUGCGGAAAUCCGCUACGAUACUUCGGCCGCGUCGCGCAAUCUAGCUGCUAGCCCCCUCAUCUUCUGGCUCCGCGUCCCUCUCCCCUGGUACACAUCGGCCACCUUUGCUCAGUUCCCCGAUGAGACACGAACGAGUAUCCAGCGCACAUUCACUUUUCCCUUCUCAGCCAACGCACGCCAUCAAUUCUGUGGCUACUGUGGCACCCAGCUCACAUCAUGGAACGAGCGUACGCGGGACGACGCGGAGCACAUCUGCGUCACGGUGGGAAGUCUGCUCAGCGAAGACCAGGAACUCCUGGGCAAGUUGGGUUUCCUGCCGAGUGGCGAUGCUAGCGAGGACGAAACGGAAGAACCGGCAAAGCUUCGAACGGUGAUCCGGUCGGAACCACGGGUACGCGGCGCCCCUUGGUUUGAGGAGUUGGUAGAGAGGACACAUCUGGGCCGAAUCAAGCAACAGCGAGGGGGGCACUCUUCCCGUGACGGCCGGGUGACGGUGGAAUGGGAGGUGAUUGAGUGGACCGAGGGGGACGACAAUGAGGCAUUGGGCAAGAGGAAGUUGGGUGAGGUGGAGGGCAGCGAUAGGGCGACGCGGAGUGCCUAA